CGUUAUGAUGUUUUGGUGCAGCUGUAAUGAAGGAGCCUCGGCGGAGCUAUAAAUCUAGUCUUCAGCAGUCAGAUCUAAAAGAUUAGGCCAUUCAAACACCACAUCGAGGGUCCGCCCGUGUGUUUUAGGCCGGGGAGAGAGGAUAAGCGCGCACAGUCGAGCAGACACCCAGUGAUGCUGAGGCAGGCGUGGCAGUGGGCUGGUCCAGGCUGCAGAGGGGGAUGCUCUCCACACCAGAGCCUUUAAAUCACCACAGGGGGCUUUAUACUAGAGAAACGCUAGCGAGACAUUAUUUAGACCCGUGCUGGAGGCAGGAAGACGGACUGUGCAUCAUUCCCAGUUGCUUUUUUUCCCAUUUAUAUCACUGCAAACAGCUGUUUCUUGCACAUAGGCUGAGAAGGAGACUGCAGGCGUGACGUGCAUACAAAGGACAAGCCGGAGAGGAUGGUGUAAGCUCCCUCUCUCUCUCUCUCUCUUUUCUGUCUCUUUCUGUCUCUCACCCACUGUCACUGUCUGUCAGUAAAGGAAAAUGAGCAGUUCUCCCACCCCAAAAGGGACCCCGGUCCAGCAUAGCCCGGUGGAUGGAGAGUGCAUGAUGAUGGAGGCGGUUCAGUCCCCCCAGCCGUCCACCCCGACCAGCGGCUCCAAGAAACGAGUGUCCAGCAUCCUGCAGAGCCCUUCGUUCCGUGAGGAGCUGGAUGUGUUGAUUCAGGAGCAGAUGAAGAAAGGAGGGAGCUCCUCCAGUCUUUGGGCCCUCAGACAGAUAGCUGAUUUUAUGGCUACUUACGGCUCUCCUGCCGCCCUGCCUGUAUCGCCGUCUACAGUAACCAUGGUAACCCCUAUAAACGACCUCCAUGGCUAUGAGCCCGGCUCUAUGGUGAAGGGUGAAAGACUGAUGCGCUGUAAACUGGCCAGUGUCCACCGCCUGCUGGACCUGUAUGGCUGGGCCCAGCUCACCAGCGCUAACCUCACGAUGCGUAUCAGUAAAGAGCAGGAGCACUUCCUGGUCCUGCCGGAUGGUCUGUCCUAUGGGGAGGUCACUGCGUCCAGCCUGGUGAAGGUGAAUAUUCUGGGUGAGGUGGUCGAGAGAGGCAGCACUACGCUGGGAGUGGAUCUGUCUGCCUUCAGCUUGCACUCGGCCAUUUACUCCGCCCGGCCUGACGUCCGCUGCCUGCUGCAUCUGCACACACCCGCCACUGCUGCUGUGUCAGCCAUGAAGUGUGGCCUCCUCCCGCUAUCCCACGAGGCCUUACUGGUGGGAGAGGUGGCCUAUUAUGAUUACAAUGGUGUGAUGGAAGAGGAGGAAGACAGAGUGGACCUGCAGAAGAGUCUGGGUCCAACGUGCAAGGUCCUGGUCCUGAGGAACCAUGGCAUUGUGGCUUUGGGGGAAUCUGUGGAGGAAGCCUUCUACACCAUCUACCACAUCCAGUCUGCCUGCCAAAUCCAGGUGUCAGCGCUGUGCUGUGCAGGAGGAGAGCAGAACCUCAUCCUGCUGGACCGAACCGCACACAGACCCAACCCCACCGGCACCGUGGGCUGGGCCGGAUCCACGUUCGGCCCCAUGCACAAGAGCCGACUCGGAGAGCACGAAUUCGAGGCACUCAUGAGGACCCUCGACAACCUGGGCUACCGCACUGGCUAUGCCUAUCGCUUCCCCGUUCUGCUAGAACGCUCCAGAACCCGCAGAGAGGUGGAGGUCCCGGCCACCGUCACCUCCUUCAGCUUUGAGGAGGAGGGCAAACGGUCCCUCUCACGAGUUCAACCCCACGCCCAGAAACAGCAGCUGGAGAAAACACGGUGGCUCAACACCCCCAACACCUACCAGAAGGUCAACCAGGACCAGUCCAGCCCGGGACACCGCACCACGUGGCUGAGGACAGAUGAAGUGACCCAAAGCAGUGGAACAGCCAUUAAGAUCGAAAACCCAAACCAGUUUGUCCCUCUCUUCACCAACCCUCAGGAGGUGCUGGAGACCAGAAAUAAGAUCCGAGAGCAGAAUCGUCAGGACAUGAAGACGGCGGGACCUCAGUCUCAGUUAUUAGCCAGCGUCAUCACGGACAACAGCCCACCGUCUCCUGAGAAGGUGGAGCUUCCUUCGACCCCCGAGCCUGAGCCCCCCAACCCGUUUAACGAGCUGACGGAUCAGGAGCUGGAGGAGUACCGUAAAGAAGUCCAGCGCAAACAGCUCGGCCAGGACGGUGGGGAGGAGGUGCUGAACGAUGCAGGUACCCCCCCUGCGGCCUCCCCCACCAAACCCCCUCCCUCAGACGGCGACACCACAGAUGCGGUACAGAACGGAAAGGAGGAGGACGAGAAGCAGCAGGAGGAGCUGGAGAAAGGACUGAAGGCCCUGACCACCAACGACACGUCGGAAAGCUCACCUUUAGCCCCGCCCACCGCCCCGCCCGCAAAGCCCCCGGGCACCACUCCGGAGGGGUCCCCAUCUAAGUCGCCCUCCAAGAAGAAGAAGAAGUUCAAAGCUCCCUCGUUCCUGAAGAAAAGCAAGAAGCAGAAGGAGAAGGCCGAAACCUGA